UUUUUUGUUUGUUGGGGAAUACCUAUAGAAGUCUUUUCUCUGAAGUUCUGAGGGAGGUUGUGAAUCUUGGUCAAAUGAUUAUUAGUGGGGCAAUGUCCUUUGAGAGAAAUCCUCCCCCUUUUUCAGUUAAUUCCAAGCACAUCCAUUAAUAGCAUUUAAUAUUUUUUAUUAAAUUUUCAAUAUCAACAUAUAAGUUUAGGAUGGACCAAACCGGAGCCGAGUCAGAAAAAUGAUCGGCCGAGGUAUAUCCUUUUAGUAAAAUUAUUAUUAUAUGUAUAUUUAUAUUUCAAAUAAAAAUAUUUUUAGGCAAUUUCCAUUAGAAUUAAUUUCGACAGAAGAUCGUUCUCUUGAAGAACUUAAACAUUUAAUUUUGGAUGAAAAUCAAUUAGACGAACAAGCAUUAGAAUCAUUACCAGAAUUACCUUCAUUGGAAACACUUUCCUUGAAUGGGAAUUGUAUAAAGAAUUGUGGUGUUCUUUUACAAAUUCUUUGCCGUAAAGCACCCCAUUUAAAGUGCCUUAGUCUUAUUGGAAAUCCUGGCUGGCCUCAUCCUAUUUUAGGUGGUGGUAGAAAUCUUGAACUUUACAAAAAAUAUGCUUUGUCAGCUGUGCAAUUGUUGCCAACCUUGCAGUUUCUUGACACAGCCCGUGUGUAUUCUGGUGGACAAAAUCAAAACAUUCCAAAUUCAACAAAUGCCGGAUUACCAUCUUCCAACCAUCAGAAGCUUUUGGUCCCAGCAGUUUGCCGUGUUGUUUGA